GAGGGGAGGCGGAGGUGAGGUGGACCAGACGGCGCGCGAGCUCGAGUAUGAGAGACGGAGGGGAGGGAAAAGGGAGAGAAACAGCCGCCUUCAAAUAUGGCGUCUUCGAGGGAAAAUGACUAAUGUUCUGAAAAAGAGGCCUCGAGCUCGACGUUCAAGCGAACCGUGCGGAGUCCGCACGCAGCGUGGGUGUUUGAAAUCGUCGAGUCGAACGCAAGCCGAAGCGAGUGAAGGAAAGGGGCACGGUUUACACCAUCUUAUUUAGAUGCGUCGACAGGGCUAGCGCGCUGCUAGCUCACAACAACAACAUUGUGGGUGGAAUUUAAAUGUCGCGUUUGAUAUUCGCUCGCAAAAUCGUUGCAUGCGUAAUGUAGCAGUUGUUUAACGGCUUCAUACAAGUAACGUUAAAGAAAGGGGAGGAGAAACAAGGGAAAGGACGUAGGACGUCAGUAAUUUAUCGGUAAACAGGUCAAACCGAAUUCUUCGCAGCCCGCCAGGAGCAUGGCAUUACUUUAUCUAGUUUUAAAUGAGAAAAGGCUGAAAAGGACGAAGAAUGAUUAAAAACUGACAACGGGACCGCGAUCUUGUAGUGCAAAAAACAGUUUCGCACCGGAACCGUUCGCUCGCAUCCAGCCGCGCGUUAGUGCGAAGCGAUGGACAGAAAUUACCCGGGAGCUGGCUUCGGUGAUUUGGGCGCAGGAGCCGGAUGGAGCUACGAGAGAUCAGCCAAAGCAAGCUUGGUGUACGGCAGCUCUAGAUCAUCACAUCCAGAGUCUGAACUUCUUCAUCGCCAAGCCUACGCCACUCCCCAUCCCCUGCAGGGUUAUGCUACCAAUCACCAUCCUGGUGGAUCUGGCCAGGGUGGGGCUUGGGGUGCAGCUGGAAGGAGCCUGGGCCUGUCUGGACUUUUUGAUGCUGGGCUGCACCACACAAGUCCGUCAGGCCCAGAUCCAUCGGUUAUGAACCUUAUAUCUGCACUAGAGUCCCGGGGUCCACAGCCACCUCCAUCUGCCUCAUCCCUCCUAUCUCAGUUUCGCAGUCCAUCAUGGCAGACUGCCAUGCACACACCUGCCCCUGCAGAGCUUUUCAUCUCUGGUGCCCUUCCUGGAUCUGGAUCCUUCCCAUCCUCUUCUGCUUUGUCUGCCUAUCAGCACCCAGCGCCAUUCUCAGGGCGGUCCUUUCCUGGUGUGACCCCCUCAUUGUCCUUACAGGAUACGCCCACUUUCAGCCCCACCUCCAAUGGCCUCCUGUCACCCCAUGAUCCUUUACUCCACAUCAAGACACCUUCACAAUCAAGCCUUGGCUUUGACCGCCUGUUGUCAUCACAGGGUGCAGCUGCGGCCUACCGUGGAAGUCAUGAUCCAACUGGGGGUGGGGUCACAUCUGCACAAGCCUCUUCUGCAGCCUCAGUUUCUGCCCGCCAUAUGCCGUCUCAUCAGUUCAACUUGUUGUCCUCCCAGCUUCAAGACCAGUCCUCCCAGUUGUACAGUGCCUCUGUGUUUUCCUCUACCCCUGCUCCACCUCAGCCAACAUCCCAAGAGCGGACAGUACCAAGACAAGACAGUGUAAUUAAACACUACCAACGUCCCUCUCCAGCACAAGCCCCCUCAUCCACCCCUCACCCUCUUCAGCACUAUCUUAGCUGUGGGGUGUCAGGAUAUCAGCAAGCCACUCAUACGCGCCAUGUUGGCCUCUCUUGCAGUCCCCUAGGUGAACACAGUCCUUCCUCAGACCAUAAACCCUCCCCCAGGACUGAACAGUACAGACCAAUAAUCCAACCUUCUUAUGGGUCCUCGUCAUCCUCAUCCUCUGGUGGGGCUGGAAAGGGGACAAAGAGCAGCUCUAGUAGUGGUUACUCCUCUUCUGGAUCUGCAUCCUCUUCCAGAACCCCCCACACACCGCCCUCUGCCUCUUCAGCUUCAUCCUCAUCUUCAUCCUCUUCCUCCUCCUCUGCAUCUGCUAGUGCUCGUCAGUCUAAUUCCAUUCCAACCUCCACUUCUGCCUCUGCAUCCUCUCGACAACAGCCACCAACCCAGACUGUACCUCCUCCACCCCAGUCACAUUCCCAGGCCCCUCAGAGCUCCUCUAAUUCCACCCAGCAAACCCUUCCCAAGUCGUGCCUCUCGGGUUAUGGAUCACCAGUGGCUCCAGUCAAGUCAUCGAGUGGUCUAACGGGCCAGACCCCUCCUCAUCCACAACCCCAGUCUUUCUCUCCAAGUCAGCCUCCCCCAUCACACCUUUCCCAGUCAUAUGGGGGAUUCAGUUCUCCACAGACUCAUGAUCUUCCUUCAGCUAGGACCUCUGGAGUGGCUAAAGGGUAUGGGAAUUUGGGAAGUCAGUCGUUUUCAGCAGAAGCAGUAUAUGGGACUGAUUCAGGUUAUGGGUCUCUGCCACCAUCUUUAGUGGGUGCUGGAAGUCCCUCAAUGGGUUAUGGUGCAUCAGGACACUCUCCUGCCCUUCUUAGGUCAGGAGCAAGUGGUGGAACAACUGGUGGUGGUAGUAGUGGAGGCAGUACAGGAACUGGAGCCAGUGGUAGUGGAGGAGGUGGUGGAUCUUACCACAUCCCUGAUUCAAGUCCAUCUCCAUCUGGCAAUUCUGGAAUCAUCCGUCCUGGUCUGCAUUCUCCUGCACCUUCACGACCUGCUCAGUCACCUGUUGGAACAGGAUCCAACAAAUAUCUAUCUUCUGUUCUCUCACCUUCAUUUCUGCCUUCUCCACAAGGGUACCCAGACACAAGAGGACCUCGAUCACAACCCUAUCACCCCUCUGCUCCUCCCAAAACAAAGUCUGAUAACAGCAUACUUGGUGUAACAGAGUCUAGGUCACAACAGGACGAUGAUGUUGAUGAUGAUUUCCUCAUCCAGCACCUUCUUCAAGCCCAGAGUCCUGCUCCUCAAGCAUCCCAUCACCAUCCUCCUCAAAGCCAUCAUUCCAUACAGCCCACCCAGCAGCCUCCAGUCCUUCCAGCUCAGGAUGGAAAUAAGGGGCUUGCUUAUGAGAUGAGCAAAAGCUCAGAAGAGAGGUACCACCUUCAAAGUGUUAUUCGAACACAUAGUGCCACCUCUAAUGCUGCUGUCUCUGAUACAGGGAGUGGAGCUGAACUGGACAGUCAAUUGGAGAUGUCCCUAAAGAAACAGCAACCGCACCAACAACAACAUCAACAACAACCACAGCAGAAAAGCAACAGAACUGUAAGUGAUGGAGGACGAGGGAGUUCAGAUCAAACACAUUCCCAUCCUCAACAUCAUCAUGAUUCAAUGGGAUCUGUGGUGCAUUAUGUGCGGGAUGACCCAUAUUCCCAACACUCAAUUCCUCAACAAUCCACCUCCCACCAUCAACACACUCCACAUACACCCACGCACCCACACCUACACUCUCACCCGCACAUGGAUCUUCAGAAAAAAACUCCAGAUUCAGGAGAUAUGGCUUACAUACGUAAGACACCUGAUGUGCAGCAACAUCACCAUCAGCAUCAACAGGCACAUCAACAGCAAACUCAACAUCAUCAGUCACAUCCACAACAACAUCAACAACAACCCCAGCAACAACGUCAUCACUCCCAGUCACAGCCACUUAUGGACUCUCCCACUGACCAGUCUCACCAAUCCCCUCAUUUGUUGCAGUCUGUGUUGUCCCACACCCGCAGCAAAACAGACCCUCAGCAACAGCAGCAUUCUGUAAGCCAGCAGGCCCUUAUGGAAGCCACUGGGGGAGUUGUGUCAGCAGAGACCCAUUCCCAGCCCCAGACAUCCCAGCUCCAACUCCAGCUUCAGUCCCAGGCUUUGGAAGCAGCUGGUCACUAUGGUCAUGGUACCCAGCAGCAAGACCAGAGCCGCCCUAAGUCUAACACAGUGUCUUCACUAGACAUGCUGGAACAUUCCCUCUCUCGGACAUCUAGCCAAGAGGGAGCAAUGGUGGAUGAGAGGACAGGAGGUGAAGGAAGCAGGGGAAAUUCUGGAGCUGCAACAGCAGGAAGUGUAGAAAGGCGCCAAUCACAGAAGCAACAAAGACUUUCAUCUCACCACCCAACGCAGCAUCAUGCUUCAGAGUUACACUCAUAUCUUCCUGAGCCAGACAUGAGUUUAUCAACUACUUCUCAUGGACACCACCUAUCCCACCAUCACCACCAACAGCAACAAUCGUCACAAGGUCCUCAACAUUCUAACUCCCACCAUCAACACCCUCACCCCUCCCAUCCUAAUCAACAGAGCCAUCAUCAUCUUCCUCCACAGGCCUCCUCAGCAGCUUCUCAGCAACAAGAGCAGUCUCACCCCUCUCACACCUCCCAGAUUCCUCAACCUCAGCUUGACCAGCAUCAAGGAGAGCCCCACUUUGACACCAGGAAUCCAGCAGUGAAAUCAAAUCAAAACCAAAAUCAAAGCCAACAGAGCCAGAGGUUUGUUCCGUUAACAUCCAUCUGCUUCCCUGAUUCUCUUCUCCCAGAUGAGGACCGUUCAUUCUUUCCUGGAAUGGAGGAUAUGUUCUGCACAGAGGAGUACAAAUCCACUUGCUCAGGAGGAACUGGGCAGGGUCAAGAUGGGGUUGCAACUGGCCAAGCAGUGCAGGAAGGAAUGGAAGGAAUUAAACCAACGCCCGGAGGAGGAGACAAUACAGGUCCAAGUUAUGAUAUGCUUGGUCAUCACAGUGACCAAGGAUAUGGGCAAUAUUGCCAUGAUCUCUCAGAACCUGACAAUGGAACCAUGCAUUUGGAUCUUGACUCCUUGAAGACUCAAGAGCUCCCAUCUACAGUCAAUACAGAGCAGCUUGGACUGAUCCAAUCUCAACCAGCCAACCUUGGAAUGGGGACAACUGGAACAGUGGGGGAAGGAUCUGGUGCCAAAAUGGGAGGUACUGGGGGAUCUGGGUCUGGAUCAGGGGGUCUUACCUCUCCUAUCUUCUGUUCCUCUCGCCCAAAGAAGCUCCUUAAGUCCAGUUCCUUCCAUCUACUGAAGGAAAGACCUGAUCCAAACUCCUUGCCCAAGAAGAGCUAUGCACAGGAGUAUGAAUUUGAAGAUGACGAGGAUAAGGCUGACGUCCCAGCUGACAUACGCCUCAACAGCCGAAGCCGACUUCCUGAUCUCAUACCAGACCUUGUGUCCAGUUGUCGCAAAUCAAGUGGUGUGGGAGGGGGAACUUUAAGCCCUUUAAUGGGUGAUCUAGAUUUUGGAUACCCAUCUCUUGGUCCCCCUCCGCAGUUGAUGCCACAAGAUGGACCGAAGAAAAGAGGCAGGAAGCCCACAAAGCCUAAACGAGAAGGACCUCCAAGGCCACGUGGACGCCCACGUAUACGCCCAUUGCCAGAACCUCACCACUCUAGGGGUAUGAUGGGAGAGUAUGGAACAGGAUAUGUUCCUGAAAGAAGCAGAGGCAGAGGAAGAGGCAGAGGCAGAGGCAGACGGGAUGAAUCUAUGAUGGACAUGGAGAUGACCAAUAAAGACCCGAAUCAGAUGUAUCAACAACACAUGCAGCAGCAAAUGCAUCACCAAUCACAGCAGCAGCCACAGCAUGAGGAGCCAAUAAAACCCAUCAAGAUUAAACUUCCUAUUGGAACCAUGCCAUCUUCUGAUGCCUUGUUGCGGACAGACUCCUUGUCAGGCACUGAUCCGGCUCUCUCAGAUGGUUCCCUUGGUUCAGCACCCUCUUUGGGAUUGAGCCCUGGGACUCCCGGAGUGCCUGACAUGAACAGACCUCAAGACAAGAAGUCCAAAUCCCAAGAGUUGGAAGAGAAAGAGUCAGAGAAGACUGGCUUUGUUGCCUCAUUUUUGGAUUUUUUAAAGUCUGGAAAAAGGCCAUCAGGAUUGUCAACAGGGUCAGCUGACAGCGCUGGAAAUGAAGAUGCCUCUCCUGGGAAAAGUGGAAGCUUUCGCCCAUUAUCCCCUCAACCUCCACCUCCCCCAGCUGCUGCAGCUUUAUCUGGAUAUGGAGAUGGUGAAAGUGAUGGAGGACUGUCUUUGGGUGGCUGUCCUAGCCCAUGCAAGCGUUUGGAUGAAGAGCUGAAAAGGAACCUUGAGACAUUGCCCUCCUUCUCGUCCGAUGAGGAGGACUCUGUCGGAAAGAACCAGGACCUGCAAAAGAGCAUCUCCUCUGCAAUCUCUGCCCUGUAUGACACUCCUCAACUCACCUCUACAAUGCAGCCUCCUUCACUUCCACCACCCCCUCCUCCACCUCCUCCUGAACCACUGACACCAACACAGCAGCCACCAGCCCUCAGCCCUCAACCACCACUGCAUAUACACUCGCCCUCACAUGCCCAUACCCACUCCGUUGAGCCUGCAAGAUUGCAAAGAGAAGAGCAGGAAGAAGAAAUGGAAGAAAAAGAGAAGGAUCUAGAAGAGGAAGUGGAGCAAGACAAAGAAGAGAAAGAGAAAGUCUCAGAUAUGGAGCUGCUGAGUGUCCCCAAAGUUGGAGACUCACUCAAAGAAGCUAUUGAAGCCCAAGCUCCCCCUUCUCUCCCAGUUUCCCCAUCAUCCCCUGCUCCCUCCUCCACCUCCUCGCCAUCACCACUUCCACCCCUUCCCUCUCCUCUCCCUCCACAGGAGGACAAUCCUUCCCCCUCUCAGAAAUCGCCUCCACCCAGUCCUACGCCUCCACCCAGUCCUGUGGCUUCCUCUGUGCCUGUCCUCUCUCCUCUACCUCCUCCUCCUGCAGAGCCUCCUCUAUCCUCUAGCCCACCUUCGCCCAGUCCACCUCCAGUACAGGAAUUCGUUGCAGAGCCCGCCUCUCCUGAAGAGCCCCCUGCGCCUCAAAUUCUACCGUUGCACUUGGCACAGAAACAGAGCGGUGCUGCCAUUGUUGGCGAGACUGAUGAGGAUGAGAGUGAGAGUGGAGGCGAGGGUAUUUUCAGAGAGAGAGAUGAGUUUGUGGUGCGAAUUGAGGACAUCAGGAGUCUGAAGUUGGCCCUGCAGACAGGACGAGAGCCCCCUCCCAUUUGGCGUGUACAGAAAGCUCUGCUACAGAAGUUUUCCCCCGAGAUUAAGGAUGGACAAAGACAGUUUUGUGCCACUAGUAAUUAUCUGGGUUACUUCGGGGAUGCCAAAAAGCGCUACCAGCGGCUGUAUGGGAAGUUUCUGGAAAACAUAAACAAAAAAGACUACGUGAGGGUCUGUUCCCGUAAGCCCUGGCACAGGGCUGUCAACAUGAGGAGACAGUCUCAACCUCUUCCGAAGUUAGCGCCACCCCCCAACAACCAGACUCCUUUAGAGAGGACUGAAAAAGACAGAGAGAAGAUUAAGGAGCCACGUGAAAGCCGAGAGAAGAACAAUGUUCGGCCAAAGGAACAGCGAGACAGAGAAAAAGUGCUUAAAACCAAGGAGAAGGAAGAAAAGAAAGAGAAAGAAAAGAAAGCUUCACCUCCUCCUCCGCCACCUCAGAAGCCUGAGAAACGAGCAGCGGUGACAGAACGAGGGAAGGUGAAGGAGGAGAAGAGGAGCGGUGGACAGGAGAAGAAGACUGAACGCUCUGCCAAACCUCAGCCACCAAAGGUGAAGGCUGAACCUCCGCCUAAGAAACGCAGGAUGUGGCUGAAGGAAGUACCCUCAUCCUCAGACUCGGACUCCUCAGCAAGUGAGGAUGAAACAGUCUCAGUCAAAGCGGGCCUGAACACACGUGCAAUGCGUGAGAUGUACCGGAGCUACGUGGAGAUGCUGGUCAGUACGGCACUCGACCCGGACAUGAUUCAGGCUCUAGAGGACACAGAAGAUGAGCUCUAUCUUCCUCCAAUGCGCAAGAUCGACAGCCUUCUGAGUGAGCAGAAGAGGAAGCUUUUGAAAAGAGUCAAUAUGAACUCUCAGCACCAGGAAGCUCUUCACACUUGCCCUCAGAUAACAGCGGAGCCCCUGGACUCGGGGACGGUGAGGGUCAGACUGGGUGGUGAAUGCUACAACCGCAAAACCCUGAACCGCAUCAAAAAGAGUGUUCCCAAACCACAGGACCUCAAGUUGUCAACAGAAACAUGUCGACUCUACAGUCUCUACCAUUCGCUGCAUCAUUAUAAAUAUCAUACCUUCUUACACUGUAAGAAAGAGACGAACACUAUAGAGCAGGCUUCAGAAGAUCCUGGACAAGAGGAAGUUGUUCAGCAGUGCAUGGCCAAUCAGAGCUGGCUGGAGACACUCUUCAACACCUUCUUAGAGCUGAUGACCCUCAGCACCAAAGCUUAAGACAGAGAGGAAAAGAAAGGACGGGGGAGC